CAAAAACAUCCGCAAGUCUUUCARUACGGUGGUAGCUCCAGCAAUGUCAGACUAUUCAACAGUCCAGUUAGCCUUACCGCUGUGGGUCGGAGGCUCUCGGAAAAUUCGUUUCAUUUACUUGGUGAAUCAAACAUCGUUUAGGUUGACAGAUUGUCCCAAUAAGGGCCCAUUGAUACCACUCUAUCUGGGAGCUGAUCUCCUCUCUAACACUGACAUCCGGAUAGAAAACCAUCCUAGGUACCAUGCUAAGUUUGCCAAGAAAGGACUUGCCACAAAAAUAAAGUUUUCUUCAGCUUUCAGGUUCCAGGGGUUGAAGGUUCCUGCAUCAAACAACAGCCUGUGGUUCUACAAUAUUCAAGGACUUUUUCGAGUUGCCUUUGAAAUGUACACUAAGCUGGAGCAGCUUGCAGUGCUGGAGAAUUUUCAGGAUGUUUGGAAAUCUCAGAUCGAUGAAAGUCCACUGGAGAUGACUUACAGCCUCACUGUGCAGCUUGACGCUCCAGCAUCUCCCAGUGUGUUUGAAACAGAAGUGUGUGAAAUGUCAGAUCGUCCUUGUUGUGAGGAUGAAGGGGACCCAGCGCAUCUUAGUGGCAGUGAUGUGGCUGAUAAAUCAGCAGAUCAUAAUUAUUGUACUUUUUCAUCAGAUAGCCAGCCACUUGUAGCCUCUCUCAGAGAACGAUUGCACAGUUUGGCUGACCAGCUAUCCUCUCAACCUCAAAGCUGCGCAGAACGUUUGGAAACCAUUCUACUUCUUCUGAAGUGUAUCGAUCAACAAGUGACAGGUGAUCUAAAAGAGAAGGAUGCAGCUGAAACUGUGUUAGCCCUGCUGAAGGCCGAGGACUGGACCAAAGACUCUGUGUAUUCGAGCUACCUGCUCACUUGUAUAGGAAGCUGGCUCGGCCAACAGUUUCACGCAGCCAACAGCAGCAUCAGCCAGAAGGUGGAGGGCUUCAAAGUUCAGCACAUCGAGAGAAUAAGUGACCUGCCGCCCGCCGAGGAACUGACCGCAGAACUGUUCCCUGAAGCCAUGCAGACGCUGCUGCUUCACUGGAUGGGCUUAUGGGAAGAGUCAUCGCUGGAAAAGAGACGGAGCGAAUACCCAAUCCUGCUCCUUAUUCUUGAGUUUGCAAACCACAACCUCAUCACCGGCGUGGCUCAUGUGCUGUACUCAAGUCUUAUCUGCAAGUGAAGUCAGAUUAACAACCAUUUUUCUAUCGAGACUAUUUCUGAUUCAAAUUUAGCAAAUGGUAUCUGGAGUUGCAUUCAGUUUAUGGUUGGAUGUAUUUGCUAGAAUUUCUUAGUAAACAUCCCUUUCAGACGCAAUCUGCUUUAGGAAUACACAAGAAAGUGUGUAAAAUGAGGGGGGUUGCUCAAGACCUUUGCACAGCACUGAAUAUAAAACACUAUUACAAUCAAGUUGAGAUUUUUUGUUAGUCAAAAGGCUAGGUAUAAUAUCCAAAUUAGUCAAAUUAAUCUGUUUAAGGCAAAGAUGAGCUCUUUACUGUGAACUUGUAAUCAGAUCACUGAUGAAAAUGUCUUUUUCUCAAAUGUAGCAUCAAAAUUCAGUCAGUUUUGCUGUUCUGUAUAUAAACCCUGUGGCACAUGUAAAACACAACAGAAGUACCACGAAAAAUUUCUUUCCAACACAAAAUUUAAUUCAAAGACAUCUGAAAUAUUUGAUUACUCCCUUCAAGAUGACUACAGCCCAUAGAAAUUCAGAAAACUAUGUCCAUCAACCAGGGUUUGUUAUUGCCAAUCAAAAAGAAAAAACAGGAUUCUGAUAAUGCUACCAUUGACCUAGGAUGCCUUUUGCUAAAUGGAUGUAAACAGCGUCCACUUAAACCACAUCGUAUUCAGACAAUCACAUAUCUAUAUUUGAGUUUAAAAAAGCUACCACAUUGUUG